UUGGAUAAUUAAAUUAACUAUAAUAAUAUUAAAUUCAGAGCCCAAAGUGAGAAGCUGUUUUGUUGAAUUGGUUUGCUACCAUUAACACAUUCAGCAAAUAUGCUUUCCAGUAAAUAUGACAGAGCCUUUGUCAUGUAUAUGAGUGUGUGUGCAUGUGUGUGUGUGUGUGUAUGCUGAACACGAGCUGUUAUCUGAUACCUGAACAGACUGCUGUGGAGAGCAUGUCCACUGACUGUGUGAGGUCACUCUUAGACAAAGCCGAACACACACUCACCAUGCACGAACAUCUCUAUGGGAACGCUGAAAUGGACAAUCAGAAACACAGCUCCAAGGAACAUCAGCAGGACAAACCGGGACAGAAGAAACCCCGCAGGAAAGACACUCCGGUACUCAACAGCCCUCCACUCAUACCAGGCGUGAGACUGAUGAAGACAGAGGCUCAAAUGAUUCAUCAGGAGGAUGAGGAGAAGGAGAUGACGAAGUAGAUGUCUUUAAAAACCUUCAGUUUUCAUUCUUGUUAAUGUUAUUUUUGUUUGUUGUCUGAGCCUUCAUUAAAGGUUUUGCAGAUAUUUUUUUGCGUUGCCAUUUCAUCAUUUGAGUGUUAUAUGUUGUAGAAACACAACUUGCAAUGAUGCAAAGAACAUCUUUUUAAUUCCAACAUGAACAUCGAAGCAUAAUGGUUGGAAAAGAGUGAAUUUGAUGCAUGUGUUUUAUUUUUAUGUCAUACGGACAACAGAGACGAUAUUUAUCUA